UUCUCAUCAGUCCAACUCUGUCCGUCUUCUUGGAAGGAUCUCUCGCUCCGGAUUUGACUUAUCUACUUGCUUUCUUUCUACUUACACGGUAUUUACACGGUGUGCUUUUUUGCAAGCAAUUCGACUGGUGCGUGAGGAGAAGACACCUCACAGUGAAAUCAUCCAUCCACUCACGCAAUAUUGAUUUUACUUACCGUGGAAGAAAAUAGAGUGGAAUUUGGUCUGAUCAAAGAUAUAAAAAAGCAGGACUUUAUAAAUUAUUCAACCACUUAAAAGACUAAGAAGAAGAUGCAGUAGCGAGGGAGGAAAGCGUCCAACUAAAAAAAUUGACUUUAUGACUCCUUCUUGAGUGGGAUGCAGAGUAGAUACACGUUUGGUUAUCUUCCUAAUAAAAAGUUAUAUUGACAAGUAGGUAGAGAAGAGAAAAGUAGGAUUUUGCGACGAAUUUUUGAUCCGCAUACGAAAUAAUGGAGUGGAAAAGUGGAGUGAUUUUUAUUCUAUUCGUGGUAACGUUCCUCCUCAUUAACACGGCUGUGGUGGAGGCAAAGAAAAAGCAGCAUAAGUUCGAUGGCGACUUUGAAUUUGCGGAUGAGGAGGAGACAAAGACGAACCGAAAGGAAGGAAAGAAAACGUGGAUUUUAGACCCAGGAAGCGAUUUAUGUCAAGCUCUGAAAUGCAAAAAGAAGGAACUUUGUCUGCUCGAGGAUGAAUUCACGGCUGUCUGCGUCAGCAAGAAGGAGCUCCACAAAAAUGGGGAUAUUAUCGUCCCAAAAUCGAAACUGAAGGAGACUCCGACCCCCCCAAAGCUGGAGGACGAAGAGAAAGAACAGUACGAAGAGGAGGAUGACGACUCAGAUUAUUACGACGAAGAUGAAGACUCCAACGAAGACUUUUUCUCGUCCGGCAAGACCAAAAGCGAUAAGAACAGCAAAUCCUCGUCGUCAUCGUCAUCAUCGAAUACUUUCAACAACAACAAUGGGGCCGGUGGUGACAAUAGUUUCAAGUCAUGCACACCUUGCCCCGUCGUGAAGCCGACGUUCCUCUGUGGAUCGGAUAAUCGGACGUAUAGCUCCUUGUGCAGGCUGGACUAUCACAACUGCAUCCAGAAUUCGCAAGUUUCCGUGGGAUGUAAAGGAUUCUGCCCGUGCAAAAAUUUGGACACAUUCCCGCACGGUGAUUACAAGUAUAACAUGUUGAAGCAGCGGAUGGCGAAAUCGUCAAAGGUUUACCAGCCGAAAGCACUUCCUUUCACGGCGUACUCUGCAUCAGGGAAGAAGUCGAAAAGCGUCAAUCCUCCGCCCCCCAUUCAGAUCGGACUCGGCCAAUCUUCCACUGAUGACAAGGACAACAACGUCUUCUCAAAAAAUGACUUUGCCAGUGGAACUCCGGUCGCCACUUCGAUCUCAAAAGAUCGAUAUUCCAAGUACAAGGAUUAUUAUGGAUACAAGAGUCCAAAGCUGGUGGAUAAGCAGAGAAGUCAUAAUGACGUGAUAAAUAUCAAACCAGCGUCGACCCGAGACUGCAACGACGAGGCGUUGGAGUCCAUGGGGAAUAGAUUGCUUGACUGGUUCUCAGUAGUAAUGGCAGAUACCCAGAAGCGCAAAUUAAACCGGAGAAAUCGGAACAGCCAAGUUCACUUUCCUGGGACUUGCAAGCGGGAGGUGAUGUGGAUGUUCUCGCAUCUGAAUUCCGACGACGAUGGUCAGCUUUCUCUCCAGGAACUCUUCGACAUCGAAAACGAUCGGAAUGAGAAGUGCAUCAAACCUUUCUUGGACCGAUGUGAUGCCGACAAGGAUGUCUUCAUCAGUCCACGGGAAUGGUGUGAAUGCUUCACGAAAGCAUGUCGAGGUGUCAAUUGUGGAUUGUACUCGGACCGAGACGACAAUGAAUUGGAUGACGACGAUGACUCCGAUAUUGACGGAAGUUCUGGGGAUGGAGCACUGGAAUAAACCUUUUUCUUUUUAAAUUAUCUAUCUGGAAACUUUUGAAUUUUGAGAAUAUUACAGACUAUUUCUAACACGUAUGAUUUUUUGUAAAUUGGAGACUUCAAUUUGGAUCGUAAUAUUUAAGUUUGGUGGUUAAGUAUAAGUAAAUAAGUCCCGAAUUUAAUGGAAUAACAGCCAUAUUUAACUUACUAUUAAUAUAAAACUUCUUAUUACUUUAUGUAUGUAUUUACUAGUGUAAAAAUUUGAUCAAUCGAUGCUAGUUAAAUUGUUGUUUCGUUUAUAAGCAGAGUUGUCACCCGUGUGGAUGAGUGUUUGUAGUCGAAACUAAUGAGAAUCCUUGUAUAAUUGGUAUAUAUCUGCAUAUAUAUAUUUACAAUCUUGAUGGAUUUUUGAAAGUGUAGGGAAAGUAUAUGGAUGUAGUGAAUGCUUAUUUUAUGUUAAUUCGUUCGAUGACGAUGGUUAUAUUUAAAAAACAAAAUCAGUGUUUCGUUUUUUGUGGGUUUGCUGAAUUUCUUUCACUGCAAAGCAAGAAAUGCGAGGUGCAAGAAACUGGGAGAAAGUGCAAGAAAUAUGUGUCAUCUAGCCAAGCGCCGCUUGAACUACGGCGUCCUUUUUUGGGUCGUGCAUUUCUUGCAGGUCAAAAUAUUUACCUGCAAGAAACUACUUUCUCCCCGUUAUUUCUUGCACGUGGUUACUUACUUUCACCCGAAAAACACUGAUAAAAAUAUGUAAAUUUGUAUAUUUGAAGCUGACGAGUUUGAAGCAGGGUUUAUGCAUGUACAUUUUUGGACGAUGUGUUGUUUUGUUAGUCUUUGUUGUAACUUUGUGAUCAAUAUGUAAUUAUAUAGAAUAGAGAGAGAGAGAAAUAGCUCAUUUCAGUAAUUAUUGUGCGUAGAUAUGUAAAUAUAUUAUUAUGGAUAAGGUUUAGAAUAAUAGAAUUUUCUAAGUAUUCAAUUCAAGCCGCCGAUAAAAAACUAGUGUAUUGUAUUAUUACGGCCUUGAAAUUGAAAUCAUGAAAUUAAGUGAAAUUUUAAUCUACUAAGGUCGUCAUCUACAUGCAAACAUAUUAUACAAUUCCUAUCAUUAAAGUAAUGUUACAGUCAUUGGAUAAAGUUUUGAAAAUAUGUAUGAUUUUUGCACUAACAUGUUAAUAUGUUUUUUGUGUUAAAUAUGUAGAUUUUUUAAAA